AGUUAGGAUGAGCAUGGAGCUGCAGGCACAGUGAAAGCUUUCCCAGAGUCCUCCCCAUGUGCUUUGUGUACCAGUGGCCUUAUACUUCCUGAUGUCUCUAACCAAAAAAAAAAUACUUCAGUCACUGGCUCUGGGUGAGGAUUCAGAAUGGGAGACAAGCCUAUCUGGGAGCAGAUUGGGUCCAGCUUCAUACAACAUUACUACCAGCUUUUUGAUGCAGACAGGACUCAAUUAGGAGCAAUAUAUAUUGAUGCAUCAUGCCUUACGUGGGAAGGACAGCAGUUCCAGGGCAAAGCAGCCAUUGUUGAAAAACUCACUAGCCUCCCUUUCCAAAAAAUACAACACAGCAUCACAGCACAAGACCACCAGCCUACACCUGACAGCUGUAUACUCAGUAUGGUAGUGGGACAGCUUAAGGCUGAUGAAGAUCCUAUCAUGGGGUUCCACCAGAUAUUUCUAUUAAAGAACAUCAACGAUGCCUGGGUUUGCACCAAUGACAUGUUCAGGCUAGCAUUGCACAACUUUGGCUGAGCUGCCCAGCCCGAGGCUCCCGUGCUUUUUUUUUUUUUGUUUUGUUUUCGUUUUCCUCCUCUCCUCCUAACUGGUAUUAUUCACACUCACGGAACAUUCCAAAUAUCAUACACAAACCUGCAGCACUGCAGAGCGUGAGCAAGCAAGACUUGUGACCUGCCCUUCUGCUGAGUUUACAUUGUCACUAGAUGAGUUUCUUGUGCAUGAUGUUUGGAAGUUAGACUUAGCUGCAUUUGAUAAAGAGAAAUUUUGUGUUGUACCAGCAUGCCUCGGAAAGAAUUUAUAAUGCAAAAGGUUGUUGUUUAUGUACUGACAAGAUGCUCUUAUAACCCAAAGAAAUGAAAGAAAGAACAGCAGCCUGUACAGCCCAGUUAUUGAUUUGUUCAGAUGUUUCAAUGCUACGUUACACAAUAAAACAGAGAUUUUCUUAAAAGUUUAAA